AUGCUACUGUUCGUGGUCACUGUAUCCAUUGCCAAUAUGAUUUUUUCUGUUGGAGUUGUUUGCAUGCCCUUAUCAGACCAGGGGCCCCAAAUUGCCCACAGCUGGAGCCAGGUGGUCCGGCUUAGGCACCUGUACUCUGCCAGACCAGGAUUGCACCUGUUGAUUAGUGGGGAUGGCCAAAUCCGAGGCUCUGUGGACCAAACUCUGCACAGCCUGCUGGAGAUCCGUCCAGUGGAUCCAGGCUGUGUUGCCAUCAGAGGAGCAGCAACCGCACGCUUUCUCUGCAUAGAAGUUGAUGGAAGACUGUACUCAUCGCACACCUACAGCAGAGAUGACUGCACCUUCAGAGAGCAGAUUUUGCCCAACGGGUACAACAUCUAUGUCUCUGACAGACAUGGAGCCCUGCUCAGUCUGGGAAAUUACCGCCAGAGGAUGCAGGGUCGAGACAGAGGCGUACCGGCUCUAGCCCAGUUCCUCCCCCGGAUCAGCACUGUGGAUCAAGCCUUGCACCCUGGACUGGAUGUCCCUGACCAGCCAGGACAGAUCACAGACCAAACAGAGGAACCUGUGAACACAAUGGACUCAUUUGGAAAGCUCUCUCAGAUCAUUCACAGUCCCAGUUUCCACAAGAGAUGA